AUGAGUCUGGAGUCAUUGUUUGAGCACAUCAUCUUCACUGAGCACCAGGCGGAGGAGAGCCGCAGGGCGCUGCGGGAAGUGAGGUCAGAAAUUACCAGAUGUCGUGGGAGGAUUAAGAAAGCGACAGAGGAUCUCAAUGAAGAGAAAGUCAAGUUGGAAUCCAAGGUUCAGCAGUUUUCUGAAAAAUCAUUCCUCUUAGAGCUUUUGAAAACCCAUGAAAAUGCGUUAGAGAGACAGCACAGUGAAAUUACAAACCAAAGGGAUACGCUGCUCCAAGCCUUCGAGGCCACAAAGAAAAAAGCAGCAGAGGAAGAGGAAAAGUUUAUUAAAGAAAUUACAGACUUCAAUGAUGAGUAUGAAAUAACUAAGAAAAAAGAUAUUUUGAUGAAAGAAAAUAUCAAGAUGGAAAUUGCUGACUUGGAAAAGCAGGCAAAUGUUUUGAGAGGAGAAAUGAAGUCAAUGGAGUGGAACAGUGGCCAGUUACAGGAACUUCAAAUACAAAAGCGUCGACUGCUACAAGAAUUAUUUACUGUCCAGAAAAAACUUAAAGUUCUUAAAGAUGAAGAGACUGAAGUCAUUUAUACCACCAAAUACCUAGAGGCAGAAAAAUUAAAAGUCAAAGAAAAGCCUCAACAUGAUGCUGAAUGCUUGAGAAGACUGAAACAGGAGCUGGAUCUCUACAGCGAAGAUGAGAUGGAAAGCAAGUGCAAAGCACUCCAGACAGAAAUAGAGUUUCUGGAGUCGAUAUUCAGAUCAACGCUCUGUAUGCAGGACACUGUGAACCAGCACUGCCCAGAUCCUGAAAUGGACCCCAGAUAUAGCUGUAUUCAUCUAACAGAGCCUGGCGUGCCUGUAGCAGCAGAUUUGGACCACAUCAUCGCCCUACAGGGUGAAUCUCUGCCAAUCUCCUGGUUCCCUUCCUCCAACACAGAUCCUGAUGUCUGCAUAGCAAGGGACCUUACCCACUAA